AUGAAGCCCAGCCAAAAUCUACCUCUACAUGCGCUUGCACGCAGGACAGGGAAAAUAUCUGGGUCUAACAACAACGUACUCCUUCGCAGUCGUGGUGUAGCUACAGCCCCUUCCACCGCAUACCUUGCCCCCACCCACAAGCCUAAAUCCCCACCCUCCGCUGCGACAGCAAAUACUUUGGCUUUGGGCAAGGAGUACCUCCUCCCCGUAUACGCGCGGCCCGAGUUUGUCCUAGCCCACGGAAAAGGCUCCUACGUGUGGGACGUCGACGGCAACAAAUAUCUGGAUUUCAGCGCGGGUAUUGCCGUCAACGCGCUUGGACACGCUGAUGAAGGCGUAUUGCAGGUUUUGACAGAACAAGCUGGAAAGCUAUUGCAUACGAGCAAUGUGUACCAUAAUGAAUGGGCCGGAAAACUUGCCAAACUGCUGGUCACUCUCACGCAGACUGAGGGAGGACUCGGCUAUGCUGCUGGUGCCAAAGCAACUGAAACAGGUUCAGGAGGUGCAAAAGCAUUCUUUGCGAAUUCAGGAACCGAGGCAAACGAAGGGGCGCUGAAAAUCGCGCGUAAAGUUGGAAAGGAGCGCUGGGCGGAGGCCAACGGCAAGAGUUGGGACGACCCAGCUUGCACCAAGAAUCGUAUAGCUUGCUUUGAGAAUUCAUUCCAUGGGCGAAGCAUGGGUGCUCUGAGCGUCACGAGUAACCCCAAAUAUCAGAAACCAUUCGCGCCCCUUAUUCCUGGCGUGGAUGUGGGCAAACUGAACGAUUUGGCUGGACUGGAGACCCUGGUGGGCGAGGACACUUGCGCGGUGAUCGUUGAGCCUAUCCAGGGUGAAGGAGGUAUCAAUGAUGCCAAUGUAGAGUGGCUGCGAGCAUUGCGGAAACGAUGUGACGCGGUAGGCGCUGUGCUGAUCUUCGAUGAGAUACAGUGUGGGCUGUAUAGGACAGGCACCCUCUGGGCGCAUUCAAGCCUGCCUGCUGAAUGUCACCCCGAUAUUGUGACGAUGGCGAAGCCACUUGCGAAUGGGUACCCCAUUGGCGCGGUCGUGCUGAGGGACAGUGUUGCAGCUACUAUGACACCAGGUACACAUGGGACGACAUUUGGAGGAUCACCACUGGCGUGCGCAAUUGGACACUAUGUCGUGUCUCGGCUUUCGUCGCCAGAAUUUAUUAGCAAGAUGACGGACACGAGCAAAUACCUGGGCGAACGGCUGGAGGCACUGCCGAAAUGGUACCCGGGUCUUUUGGAGGAACGCGUGCGAGGACGAGGACACAUCCGGGGGCUCGGAUUCAAAGACGUGGAAGUACCUGGGAGGAUCGUAGAACUGGCGCGGGAGCGAGGGGUGUUUGUGCUUACUGCUGGGAAGAAUGCGGUGCGACUUGUUCCCAGCCUGAAUGUGGGGAAAGAGGAGGUUGAUUUAGCGGUCGAUGUGCUUGAAGGCUGUCUGUCUGUAUCAUAUCAUUAG